CUGUGUUCACAGCCUGUUCAAAGAACAAUCAAACAGCACAGCUUAAUUCCCAUCUCCUUUGACUUCAAAUUAUUCCCAAAAAAUUGUAGAGAGAGAAUUUCGUAAUUGUAGAAAGAGAAAACAGGUGAAGAUGAGUGUGAUUGAUAUAUUGACGCGCGUGGACUCGAUCUGCAAAAAGUACGACAGAUACGACGUCGUCCCCAAGGACUCCAACGUCUCCGGCGACGACGCCUUCGCCCGCCUCUACGCCUCCGUCGAGUCCGACAUCGAAUCUGCUCUCCAGAAAGCGGAGACAGCUUCGAAUGAGAAGAACAGGGCGUCCGUUGUAGCGAUCAAUGCCGAGAUUCGGAGGAUCAAGGCCAGAUUGCUUGAAGAAGUCCCCAAAUUGCAGAGAUUAGCUGUUAAGAAGGUCUAAACUAUUCAUUUUCUUUUAAUUUCUGGAAUGUUGUUUGACCUAGAUUUUGGUAUAUCUCAUUUGGAACCCCUACAGUGGUUUUAGAGGGGAUUCGUCGACUAUCUAAACUCGAAUCAUUUUUGGGAAAACCUUAUUUAUUUAUUUUUGGCGAAGAAUUCACGGAAUGUAGC